AGUCUGGGAACGAUUAUUUUUACAGAAAAGCCGAAAUGGCGGACGAAAACCUUUAUCAUUUCCGUAUUUGUUUAGGUUUUUUCUUCUGGCUUCUGCAGGCGUCAACUUUUUCAUAUGGAGGGCAAAAACUUCGAAUGGUUAAUGUGGUUUAUCGUCAUGGGGACAGAUCACCUGUACAUUUUUUUAAAUCAGAUAAGUAUCAAAAUUAUUGGCCACAAGGAAAAGGACAACUUACUCAGAGAGGAAUGAAACAGGAAUAUGAACUGGGCAGGUUACUGAAGGAUCGUUAUGUUGAAAAACAAAAGCUCCUGAAUUCAUCAUACCUGUUUAAAGAGAUCUAUGUUCGCAGUAGUGAUAAAGAUCGUUGUAUCAUGAGCGCUCAGGCCCAGCUUAAUGGCCUUUAUCCACCUAUUGGAACACAGGUAUGGAGGAAUCAUCUAGACUGGCAACCAAUUGGUGUUCAUGUGGUACCAAAGAAUGAGGAUUAUUUUCUGCGGCCAUAUGAUUAUGAUUGUCCUCGCCUCCCUGAGCUUAAAGAAAAAUCUAAACAAGAGGAACAGUACAAAAAUAUGGCCAAACAAAACAAGGAGAUGCUGGCUUAUAUCUCUGCACAUAGUCAAGAAACUGUAAGUCUGGACAAUGUUUGGGGAAUCUAUGACACACUUUUUUGUGAGAAAUCACAUAACCUUACACUUCCUUCUUGGGCUAUGAAUGGCACAACUUGGGAAUCCCUCAGAAAUUUGAGCCAAUUUGAAAUGACAUCGUUGUUCAACUCUCCAGAGAAAGCUAAAAUGACUGGAGGAAGUUUAGUGGGUGCUAUUAUCAAGAAUAUGAAAGGUUACCUUGAAUCAGAAAGCAAAAAAAUGUAUAUUUACUCGGCUCAUGAUACAACAUUGGUUGCUUUGCUGAGUGCCUUGGAUAUUUUUGAUGGGAUCCAGCCGGCUUACUCCAGUGCAGUCAUCAUAGAGCUUUAUUCAGAUGAAAAUGAUGCCAAGAAAGAUGCAAAUGUUCGUAUAAUGUAUCGAUUUGGUCAAAGCAAAGAUCCAAAGGCUCUAAAGUUACCAAAGUGUUCUCAAGAGUGCCCUCUGAAUGACUUCAUCAAAGAGACUUCGGAUGUUGUUCCUGAUGAUAUCGAAAAGGCGUGUGGAAAAACAGCCGAAAAGAAGUGCGUCCGGACCGUUAUAUACAAAAGUUUCUUGGCAGCCUUCAUUUCAGUCACUGUUGUGUUGGCUCUCCUUCUGUUCUGUUUGUGCGUCAGGUGCUGUUGCAAGCGAUGCCGAGGAAAUAACAUCACUGUGUACAAUGCCAAUCUGCUUAAAGACGCCCGGCUUUUGGACAGACCAGAUUAUGAUUCGGACACCUAAACUGUCGUCCAUUUCUAUCCACUCGUGUUUUGUUUAAAACUUUUUUGACCAUCUAGUAGUCGCUUUCAAAGACACAUGUCCUUUUCAGGACUACCAUCGCCUGGACGAUCAUCUUAAACAAUCCGGCGACUGUUGCUAUCGGAUUCAAACCAUUUCCGCUAAUAAUUUCUUGAAAACUCUGUUAGGACAUUUUGAUAGAAAACUUUUUUAUUCAUGAGUCGUCUGAGGUGCGCUUAACCAAGGAGCGUGUGCAUGACUUUCCCUACUAGUUGUUACAAGCUUCCUCGUCAUUUCGUGUUAUAUCCAACUAACACACUCAAUUAUAUAAAUUUGUCGAUUUUCAGGACCUGUUCACUGGAUAAUUUACUCAUAGAGAAGGCAGACUGUUUAGGCUGAUAACGAUAAGACUUUUUAAGUGUGAAUGGGUUUCUACUGUUAUUGGUUAGUCCGAGAAAAGAUUCCCGGACGACCAGCCAAUUCUUCGCAAACCCGUCAAACUUAAUUGUGGUACGACGAGGCUCGUAUCAAGUGGGUUGCCAUAGUAACGUGACAGGUGGAGAAAGGUAUAAGGCAAAGAGAACAAAUUCGGAUCGUCCCUCGACUAUUCGUACCCUAACCUGCUUUCGAGUGUCGCAGUUAGGCGCUGUAGUUUCCUAAGCUAAAAAUUUGUACUGGGGCGUUAAAUUUUUCACUUCGCUUUCUGUUUGUAAGAGAUGUUAACGUUAAGAUAAAGUAUGGAUAAUUUACAGGGCGCAUUCUUACCAUAACAAUGGGAUGGAAAGGUAGUUUUCGUCCAAAAAUACAUAGAUAAGUUUUACUCCCGGUGUGAUAGGUUUUGUUUUUCAGUAUUAGUGACAUGAUCACUUCAUUCUUUCUUAUCAACAUUUAUUAAUUAGGAGAAAUUUGGUGUGCACAUGACAAAUUUGUUUCACACUUCCCAAACGGUUGUAGUGUUUUUGAGUUAAUAUUUCAAAGAGAGUCGAUACAAUGAAUUCAGCAGCUAUGGUUUUAGAACUUUAAUUUAUAUAAGUAGGUAGGAAAUGGUAUUUUUAUCGCUUAUAACAACUCAUAAUGAAUUUUGAAAUAAACCAAAUAUUACUGCGCUGUU